UUAAGCUUCGUCGUUCUCGCAAAUCGCAUUAUAAUCUUUCGCUGCAACGCUUAUACAUAAAUGGAUUCGCAUCAAGUUUAAAAUGAUGCCAGCUCAUCUGUGCAAGACUGCUGAAGGUAAAUUCUACUGGAUUGCCGUGCGUCUUUCAUGUUUUCUACUUCGGAUCUCCUUCAAUUCUGUCUAUGCGGUCUUCUUGCAAGCCUCCACACAGAAAUCAAUCUGGAUUGGUACAAGCGUGCUACCGCCGUAUGCUGGCUGCUCCUCCCAUCUCUCUCCCGGACCAUAUCAUCAGAAUCUACGCACAAAGGAAUCUGGAGAUUGCGGAACCCAUUUGCCCUUGUCUCCUUUAAGUUCUGUACAUGUACCAAACAUGGGUCCAUCAACAAAAUGCUUUCCGAGAAAUUGGACGUUACCAUAGUCUCCUCGAGGCAGGCCUACGCAAAACAUUACCUUGUGGAUCAUCUUGUUAUAUAUCCACCCCGUAGACUUCAGCCGUAUUUCGCAAUUUAUCAAUUUUUGUUCGCCACCACCUACUUUUGCCACUAUCUAACGUCCCGACCAUCUUAUUUUUCAUGGCUGUGGUGCGAGCAGUCAACCAAGCUAUUCUGGCUUGCGAUUCACGGUGGUUCAGGACACGACGUACUCACGCCCAGUGCGACUCCGCGCAUCUUCAAAGCCUCUAGUUUUCGGUCAGAAGAGACGUGUCCGUUCAUUAGACGCUAGUCGUUAUGAGAUCGUGGUAAACUUUUGGAUGGAGCCUUGUAGAUUGCGACUCCGAACAGAAUAGUGUUAUAUCCACUUCGUGUGCUCGUCUUUCUGGCUGGCACUGCGCGCUUAGCGAAUCCUCUGGUAAGUUAGUCAAAGUAUACUUUGUCAAAGAGCUGUCUUCGAUGCAUCGGGGCCGCCCCGAAGCCACCGAAUGUCAAGAGAUUCGAGGCCUUCAUUUCCGUUCCAACAUACUGGUUAUCAAUUUUCUAUAUUUGUGUGGCUUCUGCUGCCUGCUGGGAUGACCUUGCGGCGCGGCUAACGACAUGAUGCUCAUCGUAGAUAUUCAAAUAUCAGAGUUAUCGAUACGUCGCGCCACAAAGACCUGAAUACCUUAGUGUUUAUUACAUGUAGAGGUGGAUCAAAAA